AUUCCAGAUAGUGAUAGCGAGAAACGACUGUAUUACAUAACGUUUAGUAUUUUAUAUAUCAGUCGGUACAUGCAAAGGUCGCAGAACAUGUUCACUAUACCCGUUUGCGCAUGCCGAUCGUGUUCACACAAUGAUAUUGUCAGUGUUAACCACCUAUCCAAGCUGCCUCGAGUCGCGUUUACAAAGAAAUCUCUCGUGCGUGGGAUCCCGCCCUUCAUUCUUUAACUUUAACGUGUCUCAUUGCCCAAGCUACCAGCAGCCCACAAGCUAUGUCAGGACACGAAGCCACACCUCCAAGGGCUUAAUUUUAUUAGCAACUCGCAUUCAAGCCAGUACGGAUGUAGGUGAACCUACCAAACAGGCACAAUAUAUGUAUCCCCUGCUCAUGGUUGGCAGCGAAAAGGAACCGGAUUCAGCAGAGAAAGUUCGGGACAGAAAUAUGAAGGUGUCCACAUGCCUCUUGGGAAAGUUAGCUCUGAUCCUCGUUUUCUUCAACUGUUCCCUGAUCCUAUCCUAUCACGUGAUGCUGUACAACAGGGACCUUGUGGACACAAGGAUGAAUAAUUUGAGGCUAUCACAGAUACUCGACAGUCAGGGUUCGCAUACAAAUAACGUCGCUCCAACUAGGGACAAGGGCCAAAAGGCUGUUGAUGUACUGAUUGGCAGACGACACAUAAAUGGAGUAUCUGAGAAAGUAAAUGGGAGCUCUGGUGAUGUUGUACAAAGAUCAUUAAAACAGGGUGGCAAUGAUAAUCCCACACCACAGCCUUUGAUUAACAGAAACAAGUAUUUGGUCUAUCUGUGUAAUAAACAAAAGCUUUGUGGAGGAUGGGGAGUUCGACAGGCAGGGAUUAUCAGUACGUUUCUCCUGGCAAAUCUAACUAACAGGAUAUUUAAAGUGUCCAUGACGUCACCGUGUAAACUACAGCACUUCCUACUCCCUAAUCAGUUGAACUGGAUACCGAAUAUCGAAGAACUUCGAGGAAAGUCUCUCUUUGUCAUCAAUGACGUUCAUAAUUCAACAUUUUUGGAUAUUUUGAGAUGGAAAAACUUCAAUAUGUAUUACUCUCAAGAUAUUGUAUUCAUCAGAGCAACAAUGGACUUUCAUGGAGUCGUAACACAAAAUCCAGUUUACCAGAAACAGUUAUCUCAAGUGGCAACACAAACACAAUCCUCUUCAUUUAAGGACAACUGGAAUAUGUUGAUGGGACCUUCAGUUCAAGCACAGAUUGCAUUGCAAGAUAUACUUGCACUCAACGGUCAUUCUGUAAGAAGAUACGAAGAUCUCACAUGUGCACAUGUAAAACUUGGAACUAACCCUCGAACUGAAAAUGUUCAGAAUAUACUACGGAUUUUACAACAGUGGACACAAAUGAAUACGAAGGUAUUCAUCGCUACUGAUUCUGACGACUUUCGAAAAAUAUCUAGGAGUAGGUUUGGAUAUAAAAUGAUAGAUUCAGGCGGUACUGUAUUGGACAUUGACGAGGAGAGAGGCACAAUCGAUUCAUGUCUCGGAUUACGUACUGUUAUUUUAGAUCAAAUGAUUCUGUCACGGUGCAAGGUCCUUGCACUUUCUUUCAGUGACGUUGGAAGAAACACAGCUUUUCUAAGAGGCACACAUGAAAAUGUUCACAUUUUCGUCAAUGGAGAUUUAAAACAUUUCACAAAUGAUAACAAUGUGAUGUGACACUUGUUACCCUUUGUGAUACAAGUACAUGGAAAAUCGAUUUUCAGAGAGGCUCAACUAAGAUGAGUGAGUGAGUUGGGUUUAACGCCCCUUUGAACAAUAUUCCAGUUAUAUCACGGCGUGUCAGCUUACUGUGGUCUCACGAUGCAGGUCUCAGGUGAAAUCCACGAGCACGGAUCUGGUGCUGACAAACCUAGAAACAUAAUCGGGUCGAACCCACGACCAUUAGUUUCUGGCGUACCCAAGGGACGCAACUCUGCACACCCAAUUGGGGCGCCUUAGACGACUGGUCCACCCGUGACCCCGCCCAAGUAACACAAGUCACAUUAACGUCAUUGAGUGUUUAAACAUUUCAUAAAAGAGAUGUGACAUGAUGACCAUUUUUGUCAUGAUUUUGUAAUCACCGUUUUUACACGUGGGCGUGUAAGAAGGUUUGGUUGAUGCUUUUAGGUAAAUACACCAACUCUAUGAUAAUCUAUUGUACAUCUUUGAGUGUUCUACCGGUAGGUCAGGACAUCUGGUGUCAUCACUGAUUUUCAGUGGUCCAUUCAUAUAUUUCCCACCGCUAUUUUGCUUUAAAUACUUCCAAUAGACUUUGUUUCGGUACAUCAUUGAGACUGGUUAUUCUCUGGCGUGCCGUUUUAUGUUGUAUAAAUAUGUGUGUCUUUUGCCUUUACGGCUAGUGAAUAACACCUUUGUCUUAGCAUUUUUGUUAUUUCAAGUAACUCGUGUCACUGAGAAUAUGUUCUAUACCACAUUAGAAAUUAACAAUGCUCUGAGAGAGAAAAAACCUGAUAUGGUGUUAAUGAGUAUUCGAUGCCCCGAUUUUCAUUUGGAACCGAAUACUAGUAUUCAAUAAUAACCUUAAAUAUGGAAGCAUAUGCUACCUUAUCUCUUUUCAGUGUCUUUUUAGGAAUAUAACACGUGUGGCAAAUGUUGAAGCAUAUUGUAACCGGUAACACCACAAUACACUGGUGUGAGUAACAUCUACCAGCGCUACGAUCUCAAUGCGACGAUAAUGUCAUUCUGUUGCUUAGCCAGUCUUAAACAAUAAUGAUCAAUUAACUUGCCUUUUCGUGUGUUUGUGACGGGUGCCAACGGUUUUGAAGGAUGCGCUCACCUUUUUUCGAACACCUGCUAUCAUCACUAUUUGAUAAUGAUUCAUAAACACAUGCUCAUGAUGUAGUUCGAAUCGCACAAAGGACUUUCUUGGCGUUUCUUGUGAUAGUAGAGGUUGUUGUUUUUUUGUCGGGUUUAUUAACGCGAUGAAAUAACUCUGAUAUGACGGGACUAGCAAGUACUUUGAAACUACUUAUAGUGUUUGAUUAUUUUGUCAUUCAAAGCAUUGCAUUUCACUUAAUAGAAUUGGGAAACUUUGAAUUUGGCUGUAAUUUAUAGUGACAAAAGUAACGCUAAUCUUUUGGACAAACUAAUGUCUUUCUGUUAUAUUAGUGUAUUAAUGGCGAGUCAAUAACAUGUUCCUAAAUGAACUGACGCUUGGGUUUCAAAGUCAGCAGGAGCUGAUAUUGGUGAUUUCACAGAUGACCAGGAGCACAACGCAAUUAGUUUGUGAUUGUUCGUCGUCUAUGUAUAUUUAGGGAUUGCAUUUCGGAUGAAUGAUUCAUGUUUUAUGUAAUUAUUGUUCAACGUUGUAUUUUGUGCAGAAUAAACAUUUCCUCACAAA